AAUAUCAGUUCAAAAACAAUAUUUCACUGUGAGAUACGCUUUGCUUUUCGAGCUUUAAUUUGGUCGAAUCGUCAAAUUUGUUAAUUACGAAGUAACUUUCUAACCAAAUAAGUAUUUCAACAAUCUGUUAAAUAACAUGUCAAGUCGAUACUUUGUCUGUAUCCCAUUGGCAUUUAUUGUACUCUCUUGUAUCAGCAUUUGGUCAACUGAUGGAGUCUCUCAAAUUUACAAUUACAAUGUAACGGUCCAAACAGCUGGAUCUCCAAAAUUUGAUGAUCACGAUGGCAAAUUGAAGAUAAAGUUGCUUUACAAAACUGAAACUGCAACCUCGGAGGAAGAUUUUGUUUUGACGCCAAAUGCCGUGAAAAUUGAACCCAAUCACCAUUAUGAAUCAACAAUUGCUUCAUUUGGUUCAUUGGUAAACAUAUCUUCAAUUUAUCUGCGCUGGACUCUGGCUUCACCUUAUAACCCAAUAUACAAGAUAAAAAAACCAUCAAUUUAUUUUGAUUCACUUAGCUUGACUCAAAUCAAUUCAGAUUCAUCAGAUUACAUCACAACAAUUAAAAAACGAAGAUUCUGUCCACCAGUUUUUCCAGUUGGAAUCAAACAUUCAGAUGGAGCUACCUUUUAUCCCUGUAUCUAAGCCAAUUAAUACUUAAAACAAUUUGGAAAACAAUUUAAAGCACUCUUACUAACAGCGGACCAAUUAACUUCACCGUUAACUGACUAUCAUUGACACUCUAAUUACGAAAAACGUUAAUUUUAUCAAUUAUUUGGUAUUGGAUUAUACAUUUAGGAAGGAAAACUGAUCGACAUUUUAGUUUUACAUCAUUGGUUUCAUAUUUUGUCGGUCGUCAUUUGGCAGUCGUUUAAAGAUUAUUGUUUAACACCCGAUGAGGUUGACUUGAGGCUGAGUAUUCAUAAUCUAUUUGGCCUAAACCUUGCGGAAAACAUUGAUCCAUUUUAAUGUAUUGAACAGUUAUUUUUACUUCAAGUAAAGUUAUCAAACUGAUCGCUUUAAAACUAACAAAAUAAACUUACACUUGCAUAUUUGAAA